CGAGUGACACCUUUGAGGUGUGAAAUUGGGCGACGAGGAAUAGACGUUUCUUCAUCACCGUCUGCCAAUCGUCUGCCAAAUCAACUCUUCCAGCAAGGGGAAGGUAGCAUACCUCACCAGCAAAUCCCGAUACCCCCGGCUGCAACUCCGACAGCCACCAUGUCACAAGCAACGUCGCUCCGCAUGCUUCAGCAUAAAAACCGGAGUCAGCGUCGGUUCCUCAUCCACCCAUUUGCCGCCGGCUACACCGCACACAGUCGCAAACCCAUACCCUCCUUUGCUGCGUUCCUGGAAAACACUGGUUCACCACCGACUGACCACCCACCAACCCCUAUCGAUUCCGGCACGCAGGACUCGUCACCUUCACCACCCUCGCUACGGUCAGCACGCAAGCAUUCCCUCUACGACGUCAAAAGCAGCUUCUAUUACAGCUUUCCUGGCCCGCAACAACGGCGGAGCACACAACAUAAGCUGCCACGGACGAUUGCCAAGCGGCGGAGUAGGAGUCUUGGUGGCAAAAUCGGGAAGGAGUUGUAUGGGGAUGAAAAUGGGAGUGAGGUCUUCCUUCUGCGAAAGCGGAGUGGUGUAGGGAGGAAGAGCAAGACACAGAAGGACUUGGAGGUGGAGCAUGAUCAUGCGGACGUGGGUGAUUUGUGGGCUAAGGAGGGCGAGUUGGACAAGGAGCGACCAAGUGCUGCUGUAACCCUUCAGAGAAGUCGGACCAUCAACCCAGUCACUCCCUACCUCUUCAGGAAGGGCUCCAUGAGAGGGUUGGUAUACGGUGCUCAGCGGCAACACCAACAGCAGGUCGAGUCACGAAGCUCACCAAAACGGAGGGCGACGACGACGUCCCGGAUACCCCAGCGCUCUGCCGCGGCAGCACCCUCUGCCGAGCCUGUCAAUAAGUCCGACCAAAACCCCGUUUUCGAGGCAUUACGACGGAAGCAGCCCCUCACUCGCAAAUCCCCGCGCAACAACUUGCGCAUUGACACACAACUCAACACGUUUAACCUUCCUACCCCUGCCGAGCAGAAGACGCCCGAUGAACGAACGCCAGAUACACCCAUCCCCACCCCCUCGUCUGUAUUUCCGCCCACACCGACAUCCCUCACCGCAUCAACCGCAAUGCUAACCCAGGAACAACAAUCCACACGUCUCACAAAGGGUUCACUCCCUCCCCGUCUCGCGCCCGAUUUGGAGCAACGGUACUACAUCAUGGCAUUCCGCAAACUCUCAACAUUGCGCUCGUCAGCGUCGCGCAUCGUGCUCAUCAACCUGAUCCAUUACAUCCGUCGCGUGCAUCCGGAAAUCGUCUCGCUGCAUUUCACGCGGCCUGUGGAUGCGCCAAAUCCCGCUGCAAGCACCGCGACGUUGGCGAUGACACCCGACACGCCAGCGCCACCGCAGUACCAAUACCAACACUCUUCCACACAGUCCGACACCGCCUCCUAUCGGCACUCAUACCCCUCGCACACACCCUACGCCCAAGAGCAGCAGCAAUCAUCACCCUACUCAUACCCUUACCACACCACCAGCACAUCCUCCCUCCCUCCGUCCCCGCCGCACAACACCCCCCCAAUACCCUUCCGCAUCAGCAUCGCCAAGCUAAUGCGCUCGACACCCGGCCCCGCAUCGCAAAGCAUGACCGCCAAACGACGCAAUAAGCGACGGCUGGAGCUGCGUGCGGCCGGGAUGCCCGUGUCGUGGGGCGCGUCAGGGUUGCGAGUGGAGGUCACGGACGCGGAAGCCUUAGAGUCGUGUCGACGUCAGCAGGCACUAUUGCAGGCCCAAGCAGAACUGCAGGCCCAUUCGUCUCAUUUGUCGCCAGGCAUGCACGCACACGCAAACUUGCAUACAAACCCACAAACCCACACCGCCGGCCGCAUAUCCGCCACCUUCCUCCGCCACGGCAACCUCUCCCAAUUCGAGCACCUGUACGAAUCUCCCUCCUCAGUACCACAACCACCCACCCCCAAACAGAAACGCCGCUGGAGCCGCCAACCCAAACCCAAACCGCCACCCCACUCCCAACACCCUGCGCCAUCCGACAUCAAACCGGACUCAUCAUCACGCCGUUCCCAAGCCCAACAACACACGGCAAAACCGUGGAGAACGACCAUGUGGCGACGCAUGCGCCGCUUACUCGGCUGCGGCGGCGGGUUUUACAUCCAUGACGGGGUCAGUGGGUCGUUUGUCCACGUCGCGGCGGCGGCGGCGAGGUCCUCGCAGACUUGUUUGACGUAUAGGCAGGGAUAGGAGUCUUGUACGCAUCGUGGGAUAGGGUAGCUUGCU